AGGAGCUGCACAAUGGCAGCUCCCGCGAUAUCCAGGGCUGGUGCACCGUCAGUGCGCAAUGCAGUGCAAGAAGGCACCGGUGCUUCCCUAGUAGCGAGGCCCGCCGCAGGCGUCGACACCCAGUGGCGCAUUGCCGUUGCGGCCACGUUCAUCGCUUUCUUCACCGUGGCGUCCUCUUCUAACCUGGGCUUCUUCUACGUUUACUUUCUCGAGGAAUUUCAGACGACACGGAAACAGGCCUCUUGGCCGGGUAGCGUCCUCCAAAUUAUGGGACACGUCUCAGGCAUCCUCGUGGCCGUUAUUCAGCCGAUCGUCCCGAUAUUUUACAUUGCCUUUUUCGGAAGCAUACUGCUCUGGCUGGGACUACUAGCCGCAGUGUUCGCUCCAAGCAUAGCCUGGACCACUUUGACGUUCGGAUUUUUACAUGGUGGUGCCAUCGGAAUCGUCAGUGUCUCGGUGAUUGUUGCUCUAAUGACGCACUUCCGGAAGUAUCGAGGGGUGGCGUGCGGACUCAAGUACACAGGCAACACGCUGGCCUCUCUCAUCUUGCCCAAGGUGCUGUCGUGGCUCCAGGAGCUCUAUUCUUUCAAAGGCACACUGCUCAUCUACGCGGCGUUAACCAUGAAUGCUACGGCUUUCUCCCUCUUCUUUAGAAAUAGGGAACUUACGAGAGUGCAAACUUUAAGGCAACGAAAUGAUCCUGACAAGUCCCCUGAGGUAGUCAAAUCGGAUGCCCCGGUAAAUGCUUGUGAGGAAAACUGGAAAAGCGUAGGUGCCUGUGAGAAUGAAAUUGACGAUACCGGUACAGCGACAUCAGAGACGCAGUGCGGGGACUUCUCGAAUGAUCAUUAUCAGAAAAAAGUUCAAAAGCCCGAGCUCUUCAUGCAAGAGGGGCUGACGCAGUUGACGCGUGUUAGAGAGGGUAAUACGCAAGAAGGCGGCGCUUCGCAAAAUACCCAUAAGUUUUCUGAAAACCACGCCUUUCUUCUAACGGAAAACGAAGUGCUUGACACAAAUUAUGGGGAUCUUGUAGAACCAAUCAGAGACGUUUCGCAAAAAGAAAGUAGCACCGACAAAUGGAGAAUAGUGCCGGACUUGGAAGAAGAUGCUCAGUGCAAUCACCGUGAUUUGCAGAGAAAGCUUGCUUCAGAACAAGGUUACAGCUCAAUCAACAAUGCCAGGGCUGAAGAAACGAUGGAACAUCAGCAAUCCGCAGAUCGACCAUCGGCUGCCCGGAUUCGCUACAGUGGAACACUUAAGCUACUAUCGAACCCGACAUUUUACCUCCUCGUCCUGGGAGCUGUGGCCUCGGACUACACAGCGCUCGUCGUGCAAGAGACGAUUGUCGACUACGCUAUGGACAAAGGCGUAGAACAAAAGAGAGCGGAGUUGUCAAUGACGUAUUGCGCAGCUACCGAAUUUUUGGGACGUUUGGUCCUUCCAUUGGUGGCUGACUUUAAAUUUAUUGGACGCACUACAUUAGUGGCAUCGUGCUUCAGUGCAAUGACAAUCACUUCUUUAGCACUGCCUCACACUGUGUCGUUCACAGGCUACAUUAUCGUACAGAUGACAACGAUAUUUUUCCUGGCGUGCGUGACUACCCUGAAGGCAGUCCUUGUGGCUGACAGCUUUGGUGCUAAAGCAGUGCCCACCUUCUGGGGAGCCAAUGGACUUGCUCUGAUUCCUCUUCUUUCUGCAAAUCCCUUCAUAACAGGGCACUUCCGAGACAAAAUGGGAUCGUACGACAAUCUCCUGAGACUCCUUGCCGGCAUUCAGCUUUUCACUGCCAUUGUGUUUUUUGCGCUCGCAUACGUACAAAACAGGAAAGCAAUGCCCAUUCCUAGUUAAAAAAAACUUCGGACAGGACGUAUGGUUGGCGAUCACGCAGCCGGUAUAUUGUGGCUGCUACUGGCUACACCUGCCAGCUGCAAAGAACUCGUUAUGUACGCAGCCUGGCAAGUGAAAAUUACUCGAGGUUUCACUAAAGGAUGUGAGACAAUUAUAAGAACAAAGAUUAUCCACACGGGUGAAUUCCCUGACGUAACUGGAGAAAUGGGGCACAGGGCUCCACCUUAAGGCGUCGUAAAAUGGUGCUAGAAAAUUUAACUUUGAGGCGAGAAAGUAAGUGACACUCAGAAGCUCUAGGCUAACUGCAAUCGACAUCACGUGCUUGCAAGUUAAGAUAUCAUCGUGCCCUUCUCGAACUAUCACCAGGCGCUUGCACGCUCUGACAGCCUGUUUAUCACUUCGUCGUCAUUUUUUUUAACCAUGCAUCCGCAUUUUCGCCUCGUGAUUCGGUCAUGCCAACCUCUCUCUACGAAUGAUGCCACAGGUGGCUCUUUUCUUCCUCCUAUCUACUACUUAAUGCACCAAUGGUUUGUCCAAAACCAUUGGCAAUUGGCGCGAACCAUCAGAAAUGGCACGAAAAAUCCCAGCACUCUGCCAAACUGUCAAGGCGUUUUCGGUGUGACAACACCGCAGCUGCGCGUGCCAAACCAGUAAAAGGAGGCUCGCUGAGGUUGUUCUUUUUUUUCUUCUGCAAGCACAUAUGCUCAGCAUAAAUGCAGCCAGGUAUAGGAUAGGUUACUGCUUGUACUUCAUGACUGAGUUUACUUCAUCAGUUAUUUGUUUUGCCGAAUGCCCUAAAACGCAAUUUCAUUUUCCCGCGAAAUGUAUUGAAAACAUUGAACAUAUUUUGCAUUAAAUGAAUCUUAUUUACAAA